AUGCUCUAUUGUAAAAUCCUAUGUACUGUGAUCAUCAAUAAACGACUGCUCUCUCGGUCCCGUGGACGUACCUGGUUUUGGAAAAUCACGUAUAUUGCUGUGUCAAUUUCUUUACUGUUUUAUACUUGUGAAUCGUGUGUGUGUGUGCUUCGAUCCUUACACGGUGGACUCGGUGGGGGUGGUGGAGGGGGGGGUCUAGUGGCGGAAGAGGAGGACAUGCAAGGAGGCGGGUCAGGUUUUGGAGUAGGAGCUGGAAGCGGAUAUGGAAGCGGCGGCAGACUUGGUGGGGGAAAUGGAGGCGGCGGUGGCGGUGGAGGGUUCGGAGAUGGUGGAGGUGGCGGACUUGGUGGCAGAAGUGGACGUGGAAUUCCUUGA